GAGAUAAGGGAGGUGGUGUAGUGCUUUGCAGAACCUCUGCGUGGCCCUUCAUCUGCUACUGUAGAGAGGAGACUGACGUCCUACCUAACAGCUGUAGUCUUUUGACGAACACCUCACUCCUGUCUCCGGCAUUAAAGGGGAAACCGAAGCCCGAGUGGGCUCGGCUAUCUCCUGCAGCUCGCGUGGCUACUGCAGCGGUGGCAGGUAGAAAGAUUGUUGCAUCGACUCACUGAAGCACUAAGCCUCUCUCUUUUAAACUUCAUCAACAAAUGAAGCAAUGAUAUCUGAGAACAGAAGAACAUUUGCCAACUAACUGUCAUCACAAUUUCAAGUGAUUGUAAAAGCAAAAACAAGCUGCAACAGACCUUGUAUAGUAGAGAGAGAAUGGUUUAUUUAAAAGCAAUUUUAGUAUAGUGCUUUAUAUCUAUAUCAAAUGAAAUAAAAAUGAGUGAAGCCCCCAGGUUCUUUGUUGGGCCUGAAGAUACAGAAAUAAAUUCAGGAAAUUAUCGACAUUUCUUCCACCAUGCAGAUGAAGAUGAGGAGGAAGAGGAUGAGUCUCCACCGGAAAGACAGAUUGUGGUUGGAAUAUGUUCCAUGGCAAAGAAAUCCAAAUCCAAACCAAUGAAGGAAAUUCUUGAACGGAUCUCCUUAUUUAAAUACAUCACAGUAGUAGUAUUUGAAGAAGAUGUUAUUUUGAAUGAACCAGUAGAAAACUGGCCUUUAUGUGAUUGUCUUAUUUCUUUCCAUUCUAAAGGAUUUCCACUGGACAAAGCAGUUGCCUAUGCAAAACUCAGGAAUCCAUUUGUAAUCAAUGACUUGAAUAUGCAGUAUCUCAUACAAGAUAGGAGAGAAGUAUACAGUAUUCUUCAGGCUGAAGGUAUUUUACUUCCACGUUAUGCAAUUUUGAACCGUGACCCAAAUAAUCCCAAAGAGUGCAAUCUGAUUGAAGGUGAAGAUCAUGUAGAAGUAAAUGGUGAAGUUUUUCAAAAGCCAUUUGUAGAAAAGCCAGUCAGUGCAGAGGAUCAUAAUGUUUACAUUUACUACCCAACAUCUGCUGGUGGUGGAAGUCAAAGACUUUUUCGGAAGAUUGGCAGUAGAAGUAGUGUUUAUUCCCCAGAAAGCAAUGUACGAAAAACAGGCUCAUAUAUAUAUGAAGAGUUUAUGCCCACAGAUGGUACUGAUGUAAAGGUUUAUACAGUGGGUCCAGAUUAUGCUCAUGCUGAGGCUCGAAAAUCUCCAGCCCUCGAUGGCAAGGUGGAACGAGAUAGUGAGGGAAAAGAAGUUAGAUACCCUGUUAUUCUGAAUGCACGCGAGAAAUUAAUUGCUUGGAAAGUCUGCCUUGCUUUUAAGCAAACAGUUUGUGGUUUUGAUUUGUUACGGGCCAAUGGACAGUCCUAUGUCUGUGAUGUCAAUGGCUUCAGUUUUGUGAAAAAUUCCAUGAAGUAUUAUGAUGAUUGUGCAAAAAUACUUGGCAAUAUUGUAAUGCGAGAGCUUGCUCCACAAUUUCAUAUCCCCUGGUCAAUACCCUUAGAAGCUGAAGAUAUCCCAAUUGUACCAACUACAUCUGGAACUAUGAUGGAACUCAGAUGUGUCAUAGCUGUAAUACGUCAUGGGGAUCGAACACCAAAACAAAAAAUGAAAAUGGAAGUGAGGCAUCAAAAAUUUUUCGAUCUUUUUGAAAAGUGUGAUGGAUAUAAAUCUGGGAAAUUAAAACUCAAAAAGCCAAAACAAUUACAGGAAGUGCUGGACAUUGCCCGACAACUUCUUAUGGAGCUGGGGCAAAAUAAUGAUUCUGAAAUUGAAGAAAACAAGUCAAAACUUGAACAACUUAAGACCGUAUUAGAAAUGUAUGGCCAUUUUUCUGGAAUAAAUCGUAAAGUCCAACUAACUUACCUCCCUCAUGGUUGUCCUAAAACAUCUAGUGAAGAGGAAGACAGCCGAAGAGAAGAACCAUCCUUACUUUUGGUUUUAAAAUGGGGAGGAGAACUAACUCCUGCAGGCAGGGUCCAGGCCGAAGAACUUGGAAGAGCUUUCAGGUGUAUGUAUCCUGGAGGUCAAGGAGAUUAUGCAGGAUUUCCUGGUUGUGGUUUACUUAGAUUACAUAGUACUUACCGACAUGACCUCAAAAUAUAUGCCUCUGAUGAAGGACGAGUCCAGAUGACUGCAGCUGCUUUUGCAAAGGGGCUCUUAGCCCUAGAAGGAGAGCUUACACCCAUUCUUGUUCAGAUGGUAAAAAGUGCGAAUAUGAAUGGUCUUUUGGAUAGUGAUAGUGACUCUUUGAGCAGUUGCCAGCAACGUGUGAAAGCAAGACUUCAUGAAAUACUUCAGAAAGAUAGAGAUUUUACGGCUGAAGAUUAUGAAAAGCUUACUCCAUCUGGGAGCAUUUCUCUUAUCAAAUCAAUGCAUUUAAUUAAAAAUCCUGUGAAGACCUGUGACAAAGUUUAUUCUUUGAUACAAAGUUUGACUUCUCAGAUCAGACAUCGAAUGGAAGAUCCCAAAUCAUCAGAUAUUCAACUUUACCAUAGUGAAACAUUAGAGCUUAUGCUACGUAGAUGGUCCAAGUUGGAAAAAGACUUUAAAACAAAGAAUGGAAGAUACGACAUUAGUAAAAUCCCUGACAUAUAUGACUGUAUAAAAUAUGAUGUUCAGCAUAAUGGUUCCUUGAAAUUAGAAAAUACAAUGGAAUUAUACAGGCUUUCAAAGGCAUUAGCAGAUAUUGUUAUCCCUCAGGAAUAUGGUAUAACUAAAGCUGAAAAACUGGAGAUUGCCAAAGGCUACUGUACUCCUCUAGUUAGAAAAAUUCGCUCAGACCUUCAGAGGACACAAGAUGAUGACACUGUAAAUAAACUCCACCCUGUGUAUUCCAGAGGUGUUCUGUCUCCUGAACGUCAUGUCCGUACCAGGUUAUAUUUUACCAGUGAAAGUCAUGUACAUUCUUUACUAUCUAUUCUUCGCUAUGGUGCCUUAUGCAAUGAAUCGAAGGAUGAACAGUGGAAACGGGCUAUGGAUUACUUAAAUGUUGUCAAUGAACUCAAUUAUAUGACUCAGAUUGUUAUCAUGCUUUAUGAGGAUCCUAACAAGGAUCUUUCCUCAGAGGAACGCUUUCAUGUUGAAUUACAUUUUAGUCCUGGAGCUAAAGGAUGCGAAGAAGACAAAAAUUUACCAUCAGGCUAUGGAUAUAGACCAGCUUCAAGAGAGGAAGGGUCAGGUGUGAAGGAGGAUCCAGCCCUGGACAAUGUUAAUGGCUCUAGGCUUAGGAGUCUAGCCAGCCUAGUUCAGAAUGAAGGCAGGAGAUCUUUUAAAAUUGAUAAUGAUGAGGAACCACAUACUUCUAAAAAAGAUGAGGUUGAUCGUGCUGUGAUACUGUUCAAACCAAUGGUAUCAGAGCCAAUUCAUAUACACAGGAAGUCUCCACUUCCAAGAUCUAGGAAGAUGGCUACAAAUGAAGUAAAUAAUUCAAGUAAAACCUUGAAGACUUUUUCCAGCGUCCACCAUCUCCAUGGAUAUCAGAAGUUUGUACUUCCAAAAGACACACAGAGAGAAAGACUAUUCUCUUCAUUUUGUGAAGAGAGCCCCCUGAGUGUGUCUAGCCCAGAGGGUACUGGUACCUGGCUGCAUUAUACCAGUGGUGUGGGUACUGGGCGUCGAAGACGCAGAUCAGGGGAACAAAUCACUUCUUCCCCUGUCUCCCCCAAAUCAUUGGCUUUCACAUCCAGUAUUUUUGGCUCAUGGCAACAGGUUGUAUCUGAAAAUGCUAAUUAUCUGCGAACACCAAGAACUCUGGUGGAACAGAAGCAGAACCCUACUGUAGGGUCUCACUGUGCGGGCCUGUUUAGCACCUCGGUGCUCGGGGGUUCUUCAAGCGCACCUAACCUACAGGAUUAUGCUCGUACUCAUCGUAAAAAGCUGACUUCUUCUGGCUGCAUAGAUGACGCCACACGCGGUUCUGCUGUUAAAAGGUUUUCUAUCUCAUUUGCUCGACACCCAACCAAUGAACACCUACACCUCUAUAGGUGCUGGUCCGUUUCCUCUGUGGAAUGUCUAGGCUCCAGUGGCUUUGAAUUGUAUUCCAUGGUGCCAUCUAUUUGUCCUCUAGAAACUCUUCACAAUGCCCUGUCUUUAAAGCAGGUGGAUGAAUUUCUUGCUUCCAUUGCUUCUCCAUCAAGUGAAGUUCCACGGAAGACCCCUGAAAUUUCCUCUUCAGCUUCACGUUCCAGUCCAGUAAUGAGAAGAAAAAUAUCUUUAAAUACGUAUACACCUGCAAAAAUCCUCCCAACACCACCAGCUACCUUAAAGAAUACGAAAGCAAGCAGCAAGCCAGCUACCAGCGGACCUUCUAAUGCCGUUGUUCCUAAUACCUCAUCUCGAAAAAAGACUAUAGCUAGCAAAACAGAAAUGCAUGAACACAAAAAAACCACUGGGAAAAAGAAAUGAAAUCUUAACGGAAGCUGGAGCUCCAUAUAUUUAAAAAUCACGUUGUUCGAUAGAAAAAGACACGUAAUAAACCUUGACUGAAAACUGUCAAAGCAAGUAAUUGAUGUUUCUCCUUAUACACCUCUGUAUUCAUUUUAAAAUAUGUUAAAUCUAGAGAAUUCUUUGUAUAUAUUCAGGUAAGGACCUUUUCUCAUGAUCUUGAAAUGUUUAAAACAAUGUUUAUUAACAUUUUAGCAAAACUUACGGUGAUGAAGGUCUGUCAUUCUUAAUAUUAUGUUUGCUAUGUGCCCUCUGUAAAGAAAACGACAGGAGACCUCAGCUAGCCUGUCCCAGUGUCUCACCAGUAAUGCUGUUUACUCAAGAAUCUGUGAGGUGACCUCUAUACAUACUUUCAUUUUCACGGGAUUGUAUGUCAGCUAUAAAAACCUAUAGCUUGAGUUGGAAUUUGACAGCCAGGAUUACAUAUUACAGAUUUUUAAAGUAUAUUUCCAAAGAGAUUUCACUGCCCAUUUGGGUUAGAAACUUUUUUCCUCCAAUUGUUAGAAUUACAUAUAUGCUGCAAUAUUUAAUAACUGGAGUACUAGCAUAUGGGUUAUUUUUCCAAUAUGUGCUUUGAGGUUUUUUUUUUAUUGUGUAUUAUUUAAAAUAUUACAUAUACAGCUGGGGUGACUACACCUUUAUGUGCAUAAAUUUCUAUAUUAAUUUGUAGAAAAUACUUGCUUUAUAUAUUUCCUUAUCAUAAGGUGCUUUUGCUCAUCAGGAAAAUACUGCUUUAUGUAUCGGGAAGAAAGACAUCUUUAGAAUUUCUUUUUAAGAGACAUAGUUGAUAAGUUUAUAAAUGUUACACUUAUUUUCAGAGUUCUUUUUAGAUCUAAGGAAACCAGUUCAAAAAUGGAUAUCAGCAGUGUGAGGAGAAUGUCUCAAUUCUGUAGUUAGGAGAUAUUAUGCAUAACACCUCUUUUUAGCAUUUCCAUUCUUAUCUCUAGUGUAUCAGUUGAUCUCACUAAGAAAGCUUAAAGAUUGAACAUUGGAUGUAAAUGCUCUUUUCAAACUAUUAGAUUUUGAAAGGAAAUUGAGAUCAUUGUUUUGUGAUUUCAUCUGUGAUGUGAAAAAAUAUUUAUUGUAUUGGUGCUUUUUUAUCCCCUAGUGCACAAAUAAUUAUAAGCCACUUGAAUGACUUAAACUGUAAACCAAACAAUACAACCUGGUAAGAAUUCCAUGCAUUGCCAGUCAGGUAACUUAAGUUGCUAAAGCUUUACUUUGAAGCUUAUAUUUAGGAUAUUAUUGAAUUCUCAUACGAACACAACUAUUAAAACUCUUCAGGAGGCUCUCCUAACUUUAAAUCAUCACCUAUGAAUUGACAUUUAGAAAAUAAACAUAUUAAGUGUUAGUUUUAAAAGGUACCAGAUGCAAAAGUCACAAAUAUAUACAAUUAUAUAAGUUCAUGUACUUCACGUGAAUGUACUUGUAUUAUAUGGAGACAUGUCUUGUAAACAGUUGAAUGUACCUAAACUUUCUAUAUGUGAAAAUGUUAAUGUGCUCAGUGUGGGAGUAAGAAGCUACUUUUAUUUUUUAAGUGGAACUUAAUUAAAAUAUUUUAUUUCCAGAA